AUGGGUGUGAUUAUUCUGGAUGGCACACAACUCGAAGAGCCUGUUUCAGCGUACCAUAUUCCAGGUGAUAAAGGGGGUCCACUGUUCAUACUAAUACCUGGUAACCCUGGAGUAUGUCAAUACUAUUCCGAGUACUUAGAUGAGCUUAAAGGUCUGCUACCAAGCUAUGAGUUCUUGUGUGCAUCUCACAGAGGUAUGGAUGCCCUGCUGAAUCCAAAAGGAUCGGUUGGCAAGACAACUCCUUAUAAGCUGACGGAUCAGGUAGAACAUUUGUGCAAUGUAUUAGAAUGGGCGACUGCCAGGGCUACUUCUAGCGACCCUCGCGAUGUAAUUAUCAUGGGCCAUUCCAUGGGAGCCUGGUUACUACAACGAGUAUUGGUCCGAUUUGCAAACAGCCCUAAAAUUAGGUUCAAAAUGGCCGGACUACUUACUCCUACCAUUCGAGACCUGGCAGGGUCACCUAAAGGCGUGAAGCUGUCGUGGAUCCUCGACACGGUGACGCAAUACCCUGGUUAUGUUAUGGCAAGAACAGUGCAAGCCUUGUAUAAGACACUGCCGAAUUUUGCAUUUGGAUAUGCCAUUAAACUGGGAUUAGGUGGAUGGUCAUCUACACCCAGCCAUGCCAUAGUGUCCACUAUAGCCAUGCUGUCUCGCCCCAGUAUCCUUGUUCAGGUAGGCCAGUUAGCAGCUGAUGAGAUUAGUCAUAUCAAGAGUGACCUACCAGAGUUCUGGGAUGCUUCUAUAGCAACCGAUAGAGGUUUCGCCAUAUGGGCAUACUUCGCGCAAAACGACCCCUGGGUGAGCGACACCACUCGCGACGAGAUAAUCAGCGAGCACAGCCACUUGCCGUCUGUACACUUCGAUAUUGCAAAAGGCGAUCCCGAAGAUGCUAUAGCACACUCAUUCUGCCUCCGCCAAUCCAGCAGGUUUGCUAGAAUCACAGCCUACCGCAUCUCAAUUACCCCUGGAUUAGAACCUACCAAACCGCAACCCCCCACAAUAUCGUCUCAACUGUGA